GACCUCAGGUGGUUCACCCACCUUGGCCUCCCAAAGUGCUGGGAUUACAGGUAUGAGCCACAGUGCCUGGCCUCAGUGAAGUCUUUGAAUGCUCACUAUGAACCUAGCAUUUUUAUUCACACUCCCUCCUCCCAAAGUUAACCACUUAACCAUUAACGAUGUCAUUUUAUGUCAGUUUCCCACCAAGACACCUUUAAAUAAGUAGUAGGCAGGGAUUUAUUUGACUUUUACCUCAGCCACAUAAAUUAUUUAAAAUGUCACUUAAAAAAUAAUGUUAAUUUUACCAGUUUUUAAGGGGAAAGAUGUACUUUUUCUUAAAUACCCCUGCAAGGAUAUAUAAGGUUAUGAAAUAUUUAAAAUUGAAAUAUGAACUUGAAAGAUUUGAAAUACGCAAGGAUAAAAUUGUGAAUUACUCAUCUGCAUAUCUUAUGUUUUUGAGUAAAACUGGAAUAAGGAUUAUGAACUUGUUUGGGUUAAAGUUAAUUUUCUCUGGCUCAUUAUCUUUUGAAUAAACAAAUAGGUGGUAGAUUCAAAUACAAGGAGUUUGCACCGUACAGAAUAAAACUAAAAGUACAGUAACAGUAAUACUUUAUUUAGUAACCCAAAGUAGAAACCAUGGAACCAUCAGUGAUUCUUUAAUUUCUCUUAAUCCUAAUAUUCAGGCACCAAGUGCUGUCAGUUUUAUCUUUUAAAUAAUCCUUCAUUCCUUUGAUCACUGCCAUAUUUCAGACGUACCCUCAUCAUUGUCCAUGUUAUUAUAGUGGUCUCUAAAACUGAUCACCUUGCUUACUUUUUUCUAUCUGUCUGCUGUGACUAAAGUUUUUACUCUAAAAUGCCAAUCUGAUCAUAUGAUUUGCCUGCAUCAAAAUAUUCAUUGAUUUCAUCACACAUAAAAGGAAAUCCACAUUGCCAAGUAUGCUCUGACUUUUAGUUCUCUUUCUAAAAGUGGAAGUGUAUUCCAUUUACAUUGGUGAUUCCUAAAUAAACCCCCCUCUGUGGAUACAUUGUUCCUUUUUCCUCUUCAUUUCCCUACUCAUUUGCUUUGUUAAUCACUCUUUUUCUACUGACAGUUAGGCUUUCCUGACUCUUUUGGCUCUUAUUAUCAUUUCUGCAGAGUUUUGUUAGUGCUUUCCUUCCUGCUAUAGUCUAAUAAUUUGUGUUGUUUGACUUGCUUUUCUGUAAGGUCCUUUAGGGUGGCAGUUUUGAUAACAUCAUGGUAUCACUACAUCAUUGUUAUCAAGAAAGCAUCUGAAAUAAUAGACACCAUUUAUUGAAUGUAUAUGUAUAUAUGACACUUGGUAAGAAUUUAGCACAUAUAAUCUGUAAUUUCACAAAAACCCAAUGAGGUAGGUGCUAUUAUGAGUAUUCCUAUUUUACAGAAUAGGAAACUAAGAGAUUCUAAUUUUAAUAACAUUUCUGUGGUCUUACUGUUAAGAAGUGGCUGGGUAGAAUUCUAAAGGCCUCUUUUCUGUACUGUUCUGAUAAGACCCACUGUGCUUUAAACCUUUUUUUUUUUUUUUUUUUAAAUGAAUGAAAAUUUCAUUAUGUUGCCCAGGCUGACCUCAAACGUAUAGCCUUGCCUACUCAAGCACCAGGACAACUGGCCUGAGCCACUGUGGCUCUGCCUAGACCCACUGUGUUACCAUUUCUCUGUAUUGCUUGCAUUCCAACAGGAUAAGCCUUAGUCAGCAAAAUGGAUAUGUAAUUGUGGGAAUUUAGAAAUCACUAAACUGAUUAAGGGAUACUUUUUUUUAAUAGAAAACAUCUUCACACCCCUGAAAUAAAAAUACAUUCUUAACUCCCCUACUUGCAAACACAGUUGAGUGUCUAUUUACCUUUUCUCCCACAAUUUGGAUAAUAAAAGAUAGUAAAGUUGCAUAUAUUUUAAACAGCUUUGUUGACAUAUAAUUUAUGUACAACAAAUUACACUUUAAAGUGUGUAAUUUGAUAAGUUUUGGCAUAUGUAUGCAACCUUGGAAUCAUCAUCACAAGAUAAUUAACAUGUCAAUCGCCCCCCCAGCCUUUCCUAUCCACCCUAUCUUAGGCAACCAGUGAUCUGCUAUGGUUCAUUGUAUAUUACUUUACAUAUUCUAGAGUUUCAUAUAAAUGGAAUCAUACAGUAUGUUGUCUUCUGAUCUAACUUCUUUCACUUAGCAUGAUUUUAAGAGUCAUCCAUGUCAUUAUAUAUAUCAGCAGUUCAUUCUGCAGAUGCAUAUUUUGAAUUUUAGUUAUUAUAGAAAGUAAGUAAUGUUUUUUUCUCUGUUGUGUCUUACUUUAGAUAUGUUUUACAUGGGAAUGGUUGCACAUUCUUUGACAAUAAAGUCCUUCCUGGGACUUGUUUCUGAUAUACUAUGUGUGCAUAUAACCCGUAUAUAGAGAUAAUUGAACAGCCCAGGCAGAGGGGAAUGCGUUUUAGAUACAAAUGUGAAGGGCGAUCAGCAGGCAGCAUUCCAGGGGAGCACAGCACAGACAACAACCGAACAUACCCUUCUAUCCAGCUAAUAAGGAAAACCCAUUCUCUCCUUACAGAGAUUAUGAACUAUUAUGGAAAAGGAAAAGUGAGAAUUACAUUAGUAACGAAGAAUGACCCAUAUAAACCUCAUCCUCAUGAUUUAGUUGGAAAAGACUGCAGAGACGGCUACUAUGAAGCAGAAUUUGGGCAAGAACGCAGACCUUUGUUUUUCCAAAAUUUGGGUAUUCGAUGUGUAAAGAAAAAAGAAGUAAAAGAAGCUAUUAUUUCAAGAAUAAAGGCAGGAAUCAAUCCAUUCAAUGUGCCUGAAAAACAGCUGAUUGAUAUUGAAGAUUGUGACCUCAAUGUGGUGAGACUGUGUUUUCAAGUUUUCCUUCCUGAUGAACAUGGUAAUUUGACAACUGCUCUUCCUCCUGUUGUCUCGAACCCAAUUUAUGACAACCGUGCUCCAAAUACUGCAGAAUUAAGGAUUUGUCGUGUAAACAAGAAUUGUGGAAGUGUCAGAGGAGGAGAUGAAAUAUUUCUACUUUGUGACAAAGUUCAGAAAGAUGACAUAGAAGUUCGUUUUGUGUUGAACGAUUGGGAAGCAAAAGGCAUCUUUUCACAAGCUGAUGUACACCGUCAAGUAGCCAUUGUUUUUAAAACUCCACCGUAUUGCAAAACUAUCAUAGAACCUGUAACAGUAAAAAUGCAGUUGCGGAGACCUUCUGACCAGGAAGUUAGUGAAUCUAUGGAUUUUAGAUAUCUGCCAGAUGAAAAGGAUACUUAUGGCAAUAAAUCAAAGAAACAAAAGACAACUCUGCUUUUUCAGAAACUGUGGCAGGAUCAUGGUAAUUUUCCUGAGAGACCAAGACCUGGUCCCCUUGGAUCAAUUGGAGAAGGAAGAUACAUCAAAAAAGAACCAAACUUGUUUUCUCAUGGUGCAGUUGCGACAGAAAUGCCCAGACCUACAGGGGUUUCAAAUCAAGCAGAAUCCUACUAUCCCUCACUUGGGCACAUCUCAAGUGGAUUGUCACGUCAUGCCUCAAUGCCACCUCCGCCUUCUUCAAGCUGGUCAUCAGUGGCCCACCCCACCUCACGCUUAGUCAAUACAAAUCCACUGAGCAGUUUUUCAACAGGGACACUUCCUUCUAAUUCACAAGGUAUCCCACCAUUCCUGGGAAUACCUGUUGAGAAUGAUUUAAAUGUUUCUAAUGCUUGCAUUUAUAACAAUGCUGACGACAUAGUCGGAAUGGAAGCAUCAUCCAUGCCACCAGCCGAUUUAUAUGGUAUUUCUGAUCCCAACAUGCUGUCAAAUUGUUCUGUGAAUAUGAUGACAACCAGCAAUGAUAGCAUGGGAGAAACUGAUAAUCCAAGACUUCUGAGCAUGAAUCUUGAAAACCCCUCAUGUAAUUCAGUGUUAGACCCAAGAGACUUGAGACAGCUCCACCAGAUGUCCUCUUCCAAUAUGUCAGCAAGCGCCAAUUCCAAUACUACUGUUUUUGUUUCACAGUCAGAUGCAUUUGAGGGAUCUGACUUCAAUUGUGCAGAUAACAGCAUGAUAAAUGAGUCGGGACCAUCAAACAGUACCAAUCCAGACAGUCAUAGUUUUGUUCAAGGUAGUCAGUAUUCAGGUAUUGGCAGUAUGCAAAAUGAGCAAUUGAGUGACUCCUUUCCAUAUGAAUUUUUUCAAGUAUAACUUGCAAGAUUUAAAUCCUUUUAAGUCUUGGUAUCACCUGUGUAGAUGCAGCAUUUUGUAUUUGUCUGACUGGGAAUAUAAUACUGUAUUUGAGAAUAUAAAAAAAAAUUUUUUUCAGGGAAGAAGCAUGCAGCUUGGGACGUAGUGAACACAAAAUUGGAAGCUGUCAUAAAAAGACAACUCAGAGACUGGGCAUAGGAACUUAUGCCUGUAAUACUAGCACUUUGGGAGGCCUAGGCGGGUGGAUCACUUGAGGCCAGGAGUUCAAGACCAGCCUGGCCAACAUGGCGAAACCCCGUCUCUACUAAAAAUGCAAAAAUUAGGUGGCCAUGGUGGUGCACACCUGCACUCCCAGCUACCUGGGAGGCUGAGGCACAAGAAUUGCUUGGACCCAGGAGGUGGAGGUUGCAGUGAGCUGAGAUCUCACUACUGUACUCCAGCCUGGGUGGCAGAGUGAGACUCCGUCUCAAAAAAAAAUGCUUUUUUAUAUUUCUUUUUAUAAUGUUUUAAUGUAUUCUUAAAUUUCAAGCAAAUUUAAGAUAAAACUUGUAAUGGCUAUGCCAUUGAAAAACUUAAUUUCUUAUAUUUGAGGCCCAUGGGCCAAGGUAACCCCUAAGGGGUUUUCUUAGGCUUCUUGGAGUUUCUUAGGUUUGUAUGUGUAUCAGAAUGUCUUUAAAGUGUUAAGUUGGGCAGAAGGCAGUUGAAGUGAGCUUUCAAGGUAUGGGAGGUUUUCUACAUUGUAUACUAUUUCAAUCUAUGCCUUUAAACUUACUUAUGGUUUUAGCUUUACACUCAUAUUUUUUAAGGGGAAAACGUUUCCUUGGACCAUUCUCCUUUCUUAAGUGUCCUCGCUCCCUGUGAUCUCAUAAAACUGCCUAUUUGACAUCUUUACCUAGAAAUCGAAUUAAAGCUCACACUCACCAUAUCCAAAACUGAAUUCUUGGUCUUCCCUCCCAAACUUGCUUCUCCUUCAGUCUUCCCCAACUUAGUAAAUGGCAAUGCCAUGCUUCUAGUUGCUCAGGCCAAAAAUCCUGGAGUCAUCCUUUAUUCUUCUUUUAGUUCCCAUAUCCAAUACAUUAGCAAAUCUAGUAGACCCUACCUUCACAACAGCUAAAGCUGACCACCUCUUUUGACCUCUGCUGUUAACACCCUUUUCCAAGCCACCAUCUCUUCCCUGGAUUAAAGGUAUCAUCUACAAAACUUCUCCUUAUAUCCUUGAAUUCCUACAGUCUGUUUAAAGUAGCCAGAGUGAUUAUUUUAAAAAUAAGUCAACUCAUUCCAUUCAUCUGCUCAAAACCAUCCAGAGGCUUCUCAUCUCAGAGCAGUCAAAGUCCUUAAAAGUAGCAGGCCUAGACUCCCUGUCCUACCUCAGGUUCUGCCAUUUCCCAUCCUCAUGCAGCUCCAGGCACCUUGACCUCAGUGCUCCCCUUCAAAGCAUCAAGUAUGCACCUGCCCUGGACUCUGGUACUUGGUAUUCCCUCUCCCUCGAAUGUUCUCUCUCAGAAAAAUUCAUAGUUCAUUCUUUUAUAUCCUUCAGGUGUCAAUCCACUGUUACCUGAGCAAGGUCUUCCUUGGCUAUAUGUACAUCAGCAUUCUCUGUCCCCCCUGCUUUAUGUAUGUCCAUAGCACUUACCAUGAUCUGACUUUACUAAGCAUUUAUUUGUUUAUUGUUUGUUUUCCUAUACCGGAAUAUAAGCUUUCUAAGGACAGCAGUUUUUGUGCUUUAUUGUUGAAUCUCCAAUUUGUAGAAAAAUGCCUGCCUUAUAUUAAACAGUAAAUAUUUAUUGAACAUUAAAAGUAUUACUAAUAGAACUUUGGUUUUUGAAAGAAAUAUUAACUGUAAUUAUAAGACGUAUAUGAUUUUUGCAGUUUUACUUAGUGUGACAUUGGGUUUAUGAGAAUCAUGUACAUUCAAGUCCAGGAAUAAUAAUGGUCAUCCAAAUUGUUUGAAAGCAAAAUAAUCCCAGUGGCAAAAUGAUGGUAGAAUUUGAGUAAUCUUUUUUUUCCUUUUAUGAAAAGAGAUCUUAUGCUUUUAGUUUCUGAGGCACUUUUCUGAACUCUACUUGUGCACUGAAUUCCUCUUCCUUUCUCUCCCAGCCUGUGUUUACUUUAUCCUCACAUCGUCAUUUAGUGCUUCCUUUCUUUGUAUAAACAUGGUAAAUGUCUUCAUUAGACUAAAAGGAAAGACCAAAAAAAACAAACAAACCUUUCCCACCACCUGCAUGACACUUGACUUUGCAUCCUGACUUCUGAAAUGCCUCCAACCUCCAUUUUCUCCCUUCCCAGUCAUUCCUUAGCCCAGUGAUCUCUAUCUUUAACUCCUACAAUUUUCUUAUGAUAUUCUGGGAAAGAUGAGCUGAGACUGCCCACCUUGUCAAAUCUCACGUCUUUUAUCAGUCCUCACACUGCUUGACCUAUUGAUAACCUCCUAGACUUCCCUCUUUGGACACUCCUCUGGGUGUUCUGUGGUAGACAGGAUUCCUCUCUGAGACUUAUUUCCCAAGAGUCUCGACCCCUCCCCUCAUUUGGUGCUAUUUUCCCCCCUGGAUGAUCUUAUCAGAGCCCACAGCUUCAGUUUUCACUCAUGCCACCUGAAUGCCCUGAUAAACUGACUCCCCGUCUUGCAUUCUUUACCUUCCUUAUAAUGGCAUUACCAUUUACCAUGCCAUUCAAGAUACUAGGAACCUCAAAGUGUUGUAUUCUUUUUCUGUCAUUCAUACUUAAUCAAGUCCUUUUGAGCUUGCUUCCUCUUGCUGCUUUCUUAGUAAAGGCCUUCAUUCUUUUUCCCUAGUAAUAAUCUUUUCCAUAUGUUCCAGUUAAAAUACCACGUUCACCCUAAGCCUUAUUACAUAGUUAGCAUUCCUUGAAAGAAAACAAUUCUCUCAGGCCUUCAUACCUGUAACAUGUUACCCACUCUGCCCCUGCUCUUCUGCAACUAGAAUACUCAUCCUUGAAGACUGGGCUUCUCUAUGAAGCUUGGUCCUGCCUCCCAGGUUGAGGCGAAGCUUUGUACAUGCCUGUAUUAUGGAUAUCCUCUCAUGUAAGUGUUUGUCUCAUUCGUAUUUAGGACUCCAGCACCGAGCAUAGUCCCCAGUAUACUAGUUGGUGCUGAAUAAAUGGUAGCUAUUAUUAGAGAAGGACGGAUAAAAUUAAUGAAUAAAUGGUAGCUAUUACUAGAGGAGGAAGGAUGAAAUUGACAUAGGAGUGAUUAUUACAAUAUACAUGGAAAUGAUUUUUAAAGGAAAAGGUAAUGAUUUUCUGGCAGGAAAAACAGCAAUGCCAAGAUUACUUAAGUCUUGUGAAAUACACCUCUGUUCCUUGACCUGCCACUCCCCUUUUUACCACACACACACACACACACACACACACACCCCACAGCCCUUUGAGAUUGAAAGCAGCUCUAUUGAGAAUCGUAGUGUCAACUGUAUUAUGUAGAAAUUUUAAAGUUUUUAGGAUUAUUUCAUAGCCCUGACCUUGCUACUUCUCUCCACUUUAUGUGGCAGGUUUAAUCUCAAAUCUCCCUCAUAUACUUCUCAGCCUCAGCACCUUACCCUUAUACAGACACUCCAGUAUUGUAGUAAUCAAUCUUAAUAUCACAUUUUUUGAAUUUCUAAUGUGCAAAGAAAGCACCAUGUUGAAAAUGAUACAGAGGUGAAUAAGACAAAAACUCUUGCUCUCAAAGAUGUCAGUCUUUUUCUUUGCAAGGAUAAUACAUAUAAAGUAAAAUGCAUAAAGUGGACUAAUUUUAAA